GGCCCCCCCCCAGCUAUGGACGAGCGGCUGCUGGGGCCGCCCCCUCCAGGCGGGGGCCGCGGGGGCCUGGGAUUGGUGGGUGGGGAGCCUGGGGGCCCUGGCGAGCCUCCCGGUGGCGGAGACCCCGGUGGGGGUAGCGGGGGGGUCCCGGGAGGCCGAGGGAAGCAAGACAUCGGGGACAUUCUGCAGCAGAUAAUGACCAUCACCGACCAGAGCCUGGACGAGGCCCAGGCCAAGAAACACGCCCUAAACUGCCACCGAAUGAAACCUGCUCUCUUUAGCGUCCUGUGUGAAAUCAAGGAGAAAACCGGCCUCAGCAUCCGAAGCUCCCAAGAGGAGGAGCCGGUGGACCCACAGCUGAUGCGCUUGGACAACAUGCUUCUGGCAGAGGGUGUGGCUGGGCCCGAGAAAGGGGGGGGCUCAGCAGCAGCAGCUGCAGCCGCUGCGGCCUCUGGGGGCGGCGUGUCCCCUGACAACUCCAUCGAACACUCGGACUAUCGCAGCAAACUUGCCCAGAUUCGCCACAUCUACCACUCAGAGCUGGAGAAGUAUGAGCAGGCAUGUAAUGAGUUCACGACCCAUGUCAUGAACCUGCUGCGGGAGCAGAGCCGCACGCGGCCCGUGGCACCCAAGGAGAUGGAGCGCAUGGUGAGCAUCAUCCAUCGCAAGUUCAGCGCCAUCCAGAUGCAGCUUAAGCAGAGCACCUGCGAAGCCGUCAUGAUCCUGCGUUCCCGCUUCCUGGAUGCCAGACGGAAACGCCGUAACUUCAGCAAACAGGCCACUGAAGUCCUCAAUGAGUACUUCUACUCACACCUGAGCAACCCAUACCCUAGUGAGGAGGCCAAGGAGGAGCUGGCCAAGAAGUGCGGCAUAACUGUCUCUCAGGUUUUAUGGGGCUCGGGGAAAGGAGUUUUCAAGCAAAGAGGGCCUAUUUGGUGGGGGGCUACAUGGGGAGGGGUUCCGCUUCAUCCCCUGUUUCUGUCCAACACCACGCAGGUCUCCAACUGGUUUGGCAACAAGCGGAUUCGCUAUAAGAAAAAUAUUGGGAAGUUCCAAGAGGAGGCGAACAUCUAUGCUGUCAAGACCGCCGUGUCAGUCACCCAGGGGGGCCACAGCCGCACCAGCUCCCCGACACCCCCUUCCUCUGCAGGCUCUGGCGGCUCCUUCAAUCUCUCAGGAUCCGGAGACAUGUUUCUGGGGAUGCCCGGGCUCAAUGGAGAUUCCUAUUCUGCUUCCCAGGUGGAAUCACUCCGACACUCGAUGGGGCCUGGGGGCUACGGGGAUAACCUUGGGGGAGGCCAGAUGUACAGCCCUCGGGAAAUGAGGGCAAACGGCGGCUGGCAGGAGGCCGUGACCCCAUCCUCAGUGACAUCCCCAACAGAGGGACCAGGGAGUGUUCACUCCGACACCUCCAACUGAUCUCGCCCCUCAGGGUCACGGGGUGGGGGCUGUCACCAGGCAACUCGGGAAGAGGACGUGGGCAUCCAGAGGACAAACCCCAAACACAGGAGAAGCACAAGACAGAGAAGGGCAGAUGGGGUUGUGCCCUCCCAACAAGACUAAGUGCUGGGGGUGCUGACCACGAGGCAGGGAGAAUGGGGCCCCUGAUGGGAAAGUGGGGUCUGUCUCCCCGAUUUCUCCUCUUUUUUUCUCUCCCCUUCUUUCAUACACAGAAACCUAUUUUUCAGACCCCUUUUUCUCCUUCCUCCCACCUCUCUCAUAGACCCACAUUCAACUAUUCUGUUUCUCUGAGCCACACCUCCCCCCCCCACUUUCCCUUCUUCCCCACCCCACUUAUAUGCUGUGGAAUCUGCGGAGACGCCAGCCCUGCCCAACCAGAGAUGCCAAAAAUGGGGACACGACUGGACAGAGGACGUGGGCCACGCCCCCCGUGCAUCCCCACCCUGCCCCUCCAGACGGCUUUAUUACCUCAUACGCAGCUCAUCUUAAACCAAUAGAAUCGCUCGGUGGAAGAGUGUCUGACUCAGAUAUCUACCUCGGAGGGAGUUUCUGCUACUUUAGGGAAUUCUUGACUGGGCUUUGGGGUUGAACUUUUUUUUUUUAAGGAAAGAAAAAGAAGCCCUGGGAUCCAUCUGUAAUUUUUUUUUUUUUUUUGAUAUUUUGGUUUGUUGGUGUUGUUGGUUCUUAAUUUUUAAUUUAGUUUGGGGAAGUAGGUUUUUUAUAUAUAUAAAGAUAUAUUCUUUUUUUUUAUUUUAUUUCUCACUUUUCCCAUAUUAGGGGUGAUAGCAGCCAAAGGGGUUCUGGUAAGAGAAAGGGGAACAAGCAGAAUUGGUGAAAGGGCCCCCCGUGCCAGGCCUGGCCAUCCAGAAGGGAGUUUUGCAGGGCACCGCAGUGCUGCCUGCUGGUGCGAGCGGGUUGCUGGUGCUUCCGGUUUGAGGCACUGAGGUGCGGGCCCUGCUGUCCUCCUUACCUCCUUCCCACAACCCCUGGGCAGGUCUGGACUCAGUGAUUUUGAGGCAUUUGAAGAUGCCACCUUCCCCUUAGAUGCAUCUUUAAUUAAAAAAAAAAAAAAAAAAACUAUUUGCAAAUUGGAGGUGAACGAAUCGGGGAGGGGGUUAUUACCAAAUAUGUUAGAUAUGGGUUGGGGUGCUUAUAUGUGUAUCUCCCUCAGUUUCCCCAGAAAUGUAUCUUUUUUGUUUCUCAUGCCAAAAUCAAGGGGGUGGGGAGAGGAGGGAGGUUGCAAAAAGCCAGGUAUGGGGGGAAGUAGAAUCAGCACUGUCCCGUCCUUGGCCCUGAACCCUACCACGUGAUCCCCUCAGACAUCCUCAGGAUUUGACAAAACUGUCAGCGGGAACAUCUCCCGUCAAGGAACCGGGCAGAACUUCGGGGCAGGCUGGGAGUGUGAUGGGUGGGGGUGGGAAGCA